CACAUCAACACAUGCACACACACUCUAAUACUCUCACACACACACACACGAGCUGGACGUGAGGUACUGAGUGUCAAGUUUGAGGGUGCAGAGUGAGAGACAUGGAGCUGCACACGGUGUGUGUUCUCCUCCUGCUGGCAGUGUUUGUGGGAGCCACACCUGAUCGCUACUACAUCAAAAAACACAAGUCAUAUCCUGUCAAAGGCCAGGAACUUUCAGGUGCCCCAGGAAUCCCAGGGGAACCUGGCCCCCCAGGUCCACCUGGUCCCCCUGGUACCCCAGGAGUGAGUAUGAUGGGUCACCCAGGACCAAGAGGACCUCCUGGGCCAGCUGGACCAGCAGGAUAUUCUGCACCUGGAAAGCCUGGAAGCCCAGGUGCACCAGGAAAACCAGGCGAUAAUGGAAUGCCUGGAGAAAGAGGACACCCUGGAUCUGUAGGACCUCAGGGAGCAAGAGGACCUCCGGGAACCCCUGGCAGCCCAGGUCCUGCUGGUUUCUCUGCUCCUGGAAAGCCAGGACCUCAUGGCCUACCUGGGGCAGUGGGGCCUAAAGGAGAACCUGGUGCAAGAGGACUUCCAGGUAUUCCUGGCCUACCUGGACAUAAAGGUGAACCAGGUCACGGUGUGCAAGGACAUCCUGGUGGACCUGGCCCAAGGGGUCCAGUGGGUCCUCCAGGUCAGCGUGGUGAACCAGGAGUUGGAAAGCCUGGUGCAACUGGAUAUGCUGGGGAACCUGGAAAACCAGGUAUGCCAGGUAGAGAUGGGGCUCCAGGACCCAUGGGUGCACAAGGCCCAAAAGGACAGACAGGAGCUCCAGGCAUCGGUGCACCAGGUAAACCAGGUCAAAACGGUGCUCCAGGAUUGCCUGGACCAAUGGGACAGAAAGGUUUUCAGGGAUCAGCUGGACAACCUGGAGCUCCUGGUCUUCCAGGUGUUGGCAAAUCUGGAGCACCUGGAAUUCCAGGAAGCAGAGGUGUGCCUGGUAUUACAGGUGCACCAGGACAGAAGGGAGAGCAAGGUCCAGUUGGUUUUAGAGGUCAGCCAGGUGCUCCUGGGUCUGUGGGUCCAUCAGGUCCACAGGGUGCUAGGGGAUUUACAGGUGAGACAGGUCCACAGGGACCUAAAGGUGAUGCUGGUAUUAUUGGGGCACCUGGUGCAAAAGGUCAAAAGGGAGAUAUGGGACCACAGGGUUUUACAGGUAAGCCAGGUAUUCCAGGGGCAUCAGGUCCGCAAGGUCCUCCUGGUGCUACAGGAUAUCAGGGUCCCAAAGGUGAGCGAGGUUACACAGGGACACCAGGCAGCCCCGGACCAAUGGGUCCAGCAGGCAUGAAAGGCCAUACUGGUCCACAAGGUAUGACUGGUAGCAGGGGUGAAAAUGGCCAACCUGGAGCAAGGGGAACAAUGGGACCACCAGGACCAACUGGAGCCAUGGGACCCAAAGGUAAUCCUGGUCCCCCUGGAGUCCCUGGCCCAUCAGGACUUGUAACCAAAGGGCAUACUGGCCCACAGGGUGCUCCAGGAAUCCCUGGUGCCAGAGGUCAGGAUGGUCGCCCAGGUCCAGCUGGACCCCCUGGCCCACCUGGUCCACCAGGUGAAAUUGUUUAUUAUAACGAGAAGGCCAUGCCCAUCAAAUCCGAGGUGAUCCCUGUCAGUCACGAGCUGAUAAAGCAACCCAUGUCAGCCUUUACUGCUCUUUUGACUAGAGCUUACCCUAGCGCAGGAACACCAGUCGUAUUCAACCAGAUUGUGUACAAUGGAGAGAACCACUAUGAUCCUAGCACUGGGGUGUUUACUUGUCAGGUUCCAGGAUUUUAUUACUUUGUUUUCCACAUGCAUGUCAAUGGGGCUAAUGCCCUGGUUGCACUUUACAAAAACAAUGAGCCAGUGGUGUUCUCCUACGAUGAGUAUAACAAGGGUUUUCUGGAUCAGAUGUCAGGUAGUACUGUACUCAUGCUGCAUGUGGGUGAUAGCGUCUAUGUCCAGGUUCCAGAUGACCAGUCCAAUGGCAUCUAUGCUGACGAUAAUGUUCACUGUUCUUUCUCUGGAUUCUUGAUUGCCUCAACGUGAUCAACAUGCCAAAUAAAUAAAACCUCAAUUUUUUAAAGUAAACUUUUGGUUUUCUUUAAAAAGUGAACUUCAGAGUGUUUCAAUAUUUAGUAAUAAAUGUUUUUUGUCAACCAAAUGUCUGUCCAUGUGAAAGAAAAGAUGUAAUCCAUUUUUAUUUCAAGAAAAAAAAACACUGAAUUCACUUAGUGCUGAAUCAUACAGGAACAUGAUGCUCUGUAGUUGCUUUUAAAGGUCUUAGAAUAUGAUUGCUUGUGUCUACAAAACUUGAUUUUUAUAUGAAAUUUCCAGAACACCAAAUUAUACAUGUAUAAAAUUUAUUGAAAUAAAAACUGUAUGCAUUUAUUAGCGAGAUUAAUAAUGCACAAGGUGUCUCACGUUAUGUACAUCAAUGUGAUCAAGCAAAAAUAAAAGUUACAGAGUCA